UCCCCAGAUCUCCGCUCAGCUGAUCGAUCCACCCACCGCCCAGCUCCGGCCGCCGGCGAUGGCCAUCUACGAGCUUCCCUUCCCCAUCCCGCCGUCCGCCCUCCACGUCGCCGCAGCACUCUUGCUCGCCGCCGUCUUGCACUUCCUCCACAUCCCCUCUCUCCUCCUCUACGCAGUCCACACCUACAUCCACCCUGACGCCGUCCCCUCCACCGGGCCGCGCGUCGCCCUCCGCCCGCCCGGCUCCGCCGCCGGGAAGCGCGGCGGCGCCGCCCCGCCUUCCUCCUUCGACGACGGCUCCAACUCCGCGCAGCUCUACCGCCUGCGCCUCUCCCACACCGCGCUCGCCUCCCGCCCGCACUUCGCCGGCUUCCACCUCGCCCUCCUCCUCCCGCUAGCGCUCCUCCCGCCCGCGCUCCUCCUCCCACCCUCCUCGCUCUCCCCGCUCGCGCCGCUCCUCCCGGUCGCCUUCCUCUUCCUCACGCUCGUCCGCCUCGUCCUGCUCCCUCCCACCUCCACCUCGUCUUCCCCGCGCCCGGCCCACCUCGCGUCCGCGCUCGCCGCGCUCCUCAUCACCACGGUGCUGUCCUCCAGCCCCUUCGCCGGCUCCGUCGCCUCCCUCGCGGCGCUCCCGGCCACGCGCUUCGCGCGCGCGUUCUGGCUCGGCACGGACCAGCCCCGCACUGGCCUGGCCGUCCUCGCCUCCUCCGCCCCCGCGCGCCUGCUGCUCCACCUCGCGGUCCUCGUCUCCUCCGGGGCUUCCAUUCUGCAGUGCUGCGGGUUCGUGGAUGGCCCUGACCUGGAGGCGAAGCUGCUGGCGGCUGCCGCGGGGCUCCAGCUGCUGGCCUCCAGGGGGGCCGUGCAGAUGUACCUCAACGAGGCCGUGUUCUGCUGGUACCAGCGCCUGCACGCCAACCGCGCGCCGGACACCGAAUACGGCCGUGCCAAGGUGUUCCUGCACAACCACCAUCUCUGCGUGGCGGCCACGCAGUUCGUCGUGCCGCCGCUACUCGUGCUCUCGCUGCUGGCGCUGUGGUGGGUGCAAGGGAAGGACUUCUUUGAGGGAGUGGCAGGGCUGGACUGGCUCGUUGGCUGGUCCGUCGCCAUGAAGGAGGCGGCAUUGCUCGCGGCCCGUUGGGUCGUAGCGGUGUGGUCGGCGGUGACCGUGGGCACACUUGUGUUCUACAAACGUGGAUGGACGUUUGUCUUGUGACCAAUCAAUCAUGUUCUUUAGCUCCUUUACUGUGCGAUUGGUUCCGAUGGACUUGUAACUGAAGGGCCAGAUUCUAAGCCGGAUUGCCGGAGUUUUGGUAGGGCGGCACAAGUUUUUGGUAUGUACCACUACUUUGUUGCGAGAGCAAUGUUGGAUUGGAGAUUUGAUCUUUUUUUUUUUUGGCCUGUUAUUUACUGGAGAAGCAAUGUAAGAUCAGUUUUUUUACACUGUUGGGCAGAGAUAUUUCACAAUCAGACACUGACUGGUCAGUCACCCUGUUGUAUUCUCACUUGUAUCCUCUUUCAUAGACACGAGUGAAUCAUUUCUUUCUCAAUUGGAAUGAAUAUGUACAUUGUAUCAUGAUAUAAAAUCAUCUGAAUGUAAGUGGUUCAGUGUAUAAUAUUGUGCUUCCAGCUGAAGAAAAGAAA